CUGUCUCUCUAUAAAUAUAUAAAUGCGCAUGAUUUAAGAGCAAGAUAGCAAAAAGAGAAGGAAGGUUCAUGAUUGAUCGAAUUUGAUUCUUCCUCAACAAGGAUAAUAGCAUUUGAUAAGGGGGAAAAAAACACAUGGCUGUGUCUCCAUGUUUAAGUGGUAAUGAUGAGAAGAAACACUGGUGGCUUACCAAUAGAAAGCUUGUAGAUAAGUACAUUAAAGAUGCAAAGUGCCUGGUUGCGACGCAAGGAGAAGACGAGAUUGCUUCAGCUCUCAACCUUCUUGACUCGGCUUUGGCACUUAUGCCUCGUCUCGAGACCGCUCUUGAACUCAAAGCCAGAUAUUUGCUGCAUCUGAGGCGUUUUAGGGAUGUUGUUUAUAUGCUUCAGGAUUACAUUCCGAGUUUGAAAAUGUCAACCGACGACUCUGGCUCCGUUUCCUCUGAUAACUCGUCUCAGCAGCUGUCGAGGGAGCGAGUCAAGCUUCUUCCUUCUAGUGACUCGUCCUCGGACUUAUCUAGGACUGACCCGUCCUUCAAAUGCUUCUCUGUUUCCUAUUUGAAGAAGAAACUCAUGGCCGGGUUGUGGAAGAAUGGUGAGAAAGAAGGGAAGUGGAGGUAUUUGGUGCUAGGCCAAGCAUGUUUCCAUAUAGGCUUAAUGGAGGACGCUAUGGUUCUCCUCCAAACGGGGAAACGCCUGGCUUACGCCGCGUUCCGCCGUGAAAGCAUUUGUUGGUCUGACGAUAGCUUCUCCAUCUCUGCUGCCGCCGCCGCCGCCACAAUGCCUCCUUCCACCCCUCCACAGAACCCCACAUCUCUCUCCGAAUCAGAAAACAUUUUCCAGCUUCUCUCCCACAUCAAGCUCCUCAUCCGCCGUAGAACCGCCGCCAUUGCCGCCUUGGAUGCCGGCAUAUACUCCGAAGCCAUCCGCCAUUUCUCCAAAAUCGUAGACGGUCGCCGCCCUGCCCCGCAAGGGUUUCUCGCCGAGUGUUACAUGCAUCGAGCAUACGCCUACAGGGCCUUGGGUCGCAUAGCUGAGUCAAUCUCCGAUUGUAACAAAACCAUCGCUCUUGACCCGACUUGCAUCGAAGCGCUUGACACCAGAGCCUCCCUUUUGGAAACCAUCCGCUGCUUACCGGACUCUUUACACGAUUUCGAACACUUAAAACUGCUUUACAGUUCGAUUUUGCGAGAUCGAAAGCUUCCCGGCCCUGUCUGGAAGCGUCACAAUGUGACGUACAAAGAGAUUCAAGGGAAACAAUGUGCCUUAACGAGUAAAAUUCAACAAUUGAAACGAAUAAUUGCUUCAGGGGAGACUGGAAACGUUGAUUACCAUGCAUUGAUCGGUUUAAGGCGUGGAUGUUCAAGGUCUGAACUGGAGAGGGCUCAUUUAUUAUUCUGUUUAAGACACAAACCCGAUAAAGCUACCAGCUUUAUCGAUCGAUGCGAGUUUGCCGAUCACCGUGAUCUCGACUUGGUUAAAGACCGAGCCAAGAUGUCGGCUUUGGUCCUUUACAGAUUGCUUCAAAAGAGUUAUUCCAGCGUUAUGUGUACGAUUAUGGAAGAAGAAGCAGCCGAGAAGAGAAGGAAGAAAGCUGCAAUUCAAGUGAAGCAAACCCAUUAUUGUAAGUCUAAAUCGGAAACUGAAACAAGUCUGGGUUCUUCAACAAGUUUGAGUGGGAGUGAAAACAAAAGCACCCCAAUUAGCUCGAACACAAACGUGUUCCAAGGUGUGUUUUGCAGGGAUCUUGCUGUAGUUGGGAACCUGUUGUCACAAGUGGGGUUCAAUCGUCCACUUCAAGUCAAAUAUGAGGCACUCAGCAGCUGUUGAUUGAGAAAGGGCAGAAGAAGAAUCUCUGCUUCAUUUUCUUUGCCAAUUUUUAGUGUCUUCUGUCG